UGUGAUUGGCUGAGCAGCAUGUCUGUAAGUUCAGUGGUGGCACUGGACAGACGCCUCAGUCAGACUGAAAAAUCGAGUGGAACUGCAGCUAAAAGAAGCUGAAACGUGAGCAGGAUGGGCUCCAGCAGCUCCAACAUGGACCACAUCCCAGACGCCCAGCAUCUCAUGCAGGAAACCGGCUUCUCCGCCGCCCACCUCGUCCGUCUGUAUGAGAGGUUUGACUUUCUGGACAAAGACGACAGAGGAGAGCUCAGGCUGGAUGAUUUCGAAGCAGUUUCGGAGUUAGCCAUGAACCCCAUUGGAGACAGAAUCAUCAGAGCCUUUUUCUCUCCAGGACGAGAAACGGUGGACUUUCCCUCCUUCGUCCGGAUUCUAGCUCAUUUCCGUCCGACCGACACAAACCGAACCAGAAAUGGAAGAAACGGAGCACAGCCAGAACCGGCCAACAGCAGGACCAAUAAACUCAAAUUUGCUUUCCAGCUGUACGAUCAGGACAGAGAUGGAAAGAUUUCCAGAGAGGAGCUUCUUCAGGUGCUGAGGGCGAUGUUGGAGAUGCAGGUGACGGAGGAGCAGCUGCAGAGCAUCGCUGAACGAGCGAUUCAGGAGGCCGACCUGGACCUAGACGACACCAUCUCCUUCGACGAGUUCAAAAAGUCACUGGAAAAGGUUGACAUAGAGCAUAAGAUGAGUAUUCGCUUCCUGGAAUAAAGACGCAGAGCUGCUGGUGAGAAGAUGAAGACCAAAAUGUGAAAAUGAAACAGAAUUUAAAAAGCGAUGAAAUCCUGGUUUGGAGGACUGGAAGUCAAAAUGGACCAAACAAAGAAGGGAUGAGUUAAGGUACUGACUUUAACAAUGGAAACUACACACUGUGUAGAAGAAUGGUUGCCAGAUAAGAGACCAAAGGAUCAGAAUUGCCCCCUGGUGGCUGGAUGCAGCUCUGCCUGCUUCAUUUUAGCAAAUAGGACAUGGGUCAAAUUAACCCUCGUGUCGUCCAGCUGGUCAAAAUUGACCCGUUUUAAAGUUUGAAGAUGUCAAAAAAAAAAAUCUUUUCACAGUGAAACUUCUCAUGUCCACAUUUUCGAAAUUUUUGAACAUUUUUUGUUGGAAAAAAAGAAAUGUUAAAAAUGCUUCUUAAGAACAUUCACCAAAAAAUCAACCAAAAUUGAUUUUUUUUGUGAAUGUUCUUAAAGAAAAUAUUAAAAGUUUUACUGAUAUAUAUGGAAUCACUUUAGAAAUUUUUAGGAUUUUUUGGGAAGAUUUUUACUCAUUUUUUGAAAAUAUUUACAAGAAUUUUCUUGCCACAUUUGGGGGAUUUUUUUCAAUAAAAUUUUUAAGGGAAAUUUUUAAGGAAUUAUUGGAAUUUUCGUCCUGAAGGUUUUGCAAAUUUUCAGAAAUUUGGGGAAUUUUUUUUGCUGAAUUUUGGGAUUUUUUUCAGACAAGGAAACAAAUAUUUUUUGGUGAGGACAACAGGAGGGUUAAAACAUACACCUUUCCGUAUUAUGUCUUCACGCCACUUUCGGAGUCACAUUUCUAUUAGUAUAAGUUCUGAUUUUUCUUAUCGGUUUGGUUUUAAUGCUAUUUAAAGGUCAUGGGGCAUCGUUGGCAGCUUCAGAAUAUGAAGUGUGGUUGUGUAGUUACUGCCACUGUAGUUCCUCAACAAUAUUCCUUCUAAAUAAUGAAUAUGAUAACCCAGAGACAGCUGACAUAUUCUUAAAUAUUAGAUCAGUAUUAGACAAAAAGUCAGAGCUGCUCAUGCUUCCUGGGUAGCUGGAUCUUUGUGAUCGAUGACUGACUGGAUGAACAACGUAAAAAAUGCAGUUUUUAGGGGAAUCUGGUGACAUCUUGGACAUCUAACAGAGACUCGAGUCUUAUGUGGGUUUGUAGGCUGCUUCAAACUUAGUUUUAUCCUCACAUUACAUAAAUCUACCAACAGCUCAAUUUGACUUUAGCUUCAGAUAGAAACAUCACUUCAAUGCAGCAAUACAUCAGCUGCGCUUCAAGACAACUAAGGUUAAAGAUGUAGAAUCCCAUUGAUCGACUGUUUGUCGGCCAGUUUUGUGAAGGUUUUUUUGGCUUCAAACAGAAGAUCAAUACAAAACAAUUUUAAAAUCAACCAGAAACUGUUCCUGAAUCAGUCAAAAAACAAUCUUUAGCACGUUUUUAAAAGAACUGUAGCAAGUUCUAUGUGAUGCUCCAAAAUCAGUCGUCAAGAUGAACUUUCAGAAGCUUUGGUCCAGUUUUAUUCAAAGCUCAACUCUAAGGUUUGAGGCAGAAGCUUCACAAUUAACUGUUUUGAUUAUUAUUUUUCUUUAUUAAUCAGUAAAACUUUCUUUCUAUAAUGCUUUUCAAACCGCAGAAAGUGCUUUACAAUAUACAGUCAUAAAACUUAACACACCGGUCACCUUCAUUUCUGUACCUCACCGCCACCUAGUGACAAAAUGAAGGAGUCUUCCUGUUUAUAAGGCAGUUUCUGUGUUUUGGAGCUUAUUUUUAUAGUAAUUUGUAAAUUAAUAGCUUGUGUGUUGCUUCAGUGAUACAGGAAGAAGUUUCACUUGGAGAUGAACUAAUUAAAUAAUGAUGAAAAAGUAUUUGGCUCGACUUAUGUGUCCUUAUCCGGCUGCCUUUUAAUACUUUUUGCCAUAAAGUGACACUCAGGUGGAUGUUGUCUUUGUUUUCAACACACCUGCCUCAGAAUGAUGUGACACUGGAUCUGUUCUGUGAUGUUUGUUGUUUUUUAAUAGGAUUAAAUCAAACUUGACGUAAUGGAAGAUGGUCAUAAUUAUUUGUUGAGCUGAAAACUUCACUGCAGUUCUUUCAAACAUUGUGUACUGUGUGUUCUUCUGAUAGUUUGUAAUACUGCAGUAAAUGAGAGGGAUGGAUACCAGUUUAUUAAAAAAAAAGUUUUAAGUUUGGCCGACUCUGGCUCAAUGGUUGUCAUUUUAAAGGAGUUGUAUAAACAACAGUGACUUGAUUUAAUAGAAAUAAUGUGAAUUAUGUUAGAAAUAAAUAUUCUUAUAAAAACAACAAUAAUGUUUAGUUUAUUUUUUGUUUUUAAUUGUUCUUUUCCUCCUUUAUGAUAUUGUGGCAUGUCUGAAAUAAAACAAAAUAAUCAGCGUCGA